GUUUCGUCAGAAGGUGGAAAUCUCUCUGAGAAGCUGCCAUCUCCCCGCCACCCGCUCGCCUCCCCUACUCUCUUUCCUUCCUUCUUCCUCCCUGGCUCCUCUCCGCUCCCUCCCUCCCCCAGUACCUGCCACUUUACUCUGAGUUCACUGAGGACCAGGCUGCUCCCCGCAACGUUUUCUCCUUUCCCCAGCCCCCAUCACCAAGAAUGGAGUCAGGGUUUCCGGAGAGACCAAACUCUCCUCCCAGCAUCUUUUCCAUCCGCUGCUUUUAAACUGGUUCGGAGGACGAGAGGGAGGGGAGAGGGAAGCCCGAGCCCCCCUGCACCACUCCACACCGACCACCUCCACUCCAAAGCCGGAUUUUGCAUUUUGCAUCCUGGGGGCGGGGCAGACCGGUCCUGGGCCGAAUUCUCUUUCUACUCCUCGAGGUUGGCACACCCAGAAUGAAGAAGAUGAGCAACAUUUACGAGUCGGCGGCCAACACGCUGGGGAUCUUUAACAGCCCCUGCCUGACCAAAGUGGAGCUGCGUGUGGCCUGCAAAGGCAUUUCCGACAGAGACGCCCUCUCCAAACCAGACCCCUGCGUCAUCCUCAAGAUGCAGUCGCACGGGCAGUGGUUCGAGGUUGACAGAACAGAGGUGAUUCGCACCUGCAUAAACCCAGUGUAUUCAAAACUGUUUACUGUGGACUUUUACUUUGAAGAGGUGCAGCGCCUGCGGUUUGAGGUCCAUGACAUCAGCAGCAACCACAAUGGGCUGAAAGAGGCCGACUUUCUUGGUGGCAUGGAGUGCACACUUGGCCAGAUUGUUUCCCAGAGGAAGCUGUCCAAAUCCUUGCUGAAGCACGGGAACACGGCAGGGAAGUCCUCCAUCACGGUGAUUGCUGAAGAAUUAUCCGGCAAUGAUGACUAUGUUGAACUUGCAUUCAACGCGCGGAAAUUGGAUGACAAGGAUUUCUUCAGUAAAUCUGACCCAUUUCUGGAAAUUUUUCGUAUGAAUGAUGAUGCAACUCAGCAGCUUGUACACCGAACUGAGGUUGUGAUGAAUAACUUAAGCCCAGCCUGGAAAUCAUUCAAAGUAUCAGUAAAUUCCCUAUGCAGUGGAGAUCCAGACCGCCGGCUAAAGUGCAUAGUAUGGGACUGGGACUCCAACGGGAAACAUGACUUCAUUGGAGAAUUCACCUCGACAUUCAAGGAGAUGAAAGGAGCAAUGGAAGGGAAGCAGGUGCAGUGGGAGUGCAUCAACCCCAAGUACAAAGCCAAGAAGAAGAAUUAUAAGAACUCAGGCAUUGUGAUUUUGAAUCAAUGCAAGAUCCACAAGAUGCAUUCUUUCUUGGACUACAUCAUGGGUGGCUGCCAAAUCCAGUUUACAGUCGCUAUAGACUUCACAGCCUCCAACGGCGACCCCAGGAACAGCUGUUCCCUGCACUACAUCCACCCUUACCAGCCCAACGAGUACCUGAAGGCCUUGGUGGCUGUCGGGGAGAUUUGCCAAGACUAUGACAGUGACAAAAUGUUCCCAGCCUUUGGAUUUGGUGCCAGGAUACCCCCAGAGUACACGGUCUCUCAUGACUUCGCAAUCAACUUUAAUGAAGACAACCCAGAAUGUGCAGGAAUUCAAGGAGUUGUGGAAGCCUAUCAGAGCUGCCUUCCGAAGCUCCAACUCUAUGGUCCCACCAACAUCGCCCCCAUCAUUCAGAAGGUCGCCAAGUCAGCAUCAGAAGAGACGAACACCAAGGAGGCAUCGCAAUACUUCAUCCUGCUGAUUCUGACCGACGGCGUCAUCACAGACAUGGCGGACACCCGGGAGGCCAUCGUCCACGCCUCCCACCUCCCCAUGUCGGUCAUCAUCGUGGGAGUGGGCAACGCUGACUUCAGUGACAUGCAGAUGCUGGACGGCGACGACGGGAUCCUGAGGUCACCCAAGGGAGAGCCUGUCCUUCGAGACAUCGUUCAGUUCGUGCCCUUCAGGAACUUCAAACACGCAUCUCCGGCUGCCCUGGCAAAGAGCGUGUUGGCUGAAGUCCCAAACCAAGUCGUGGACUAUUACAACGGCAAAGGGAUUAAGCCAAAAUGUUCAUCAGAAAUGUAUGAGUCUUCCAGGACACUAGCACCAUGAACUCCACGCACUUUUACAGAGUUCCGAAAUACUACUCCUGCUACUAUUUACUACUUCUACUGCUCCUGUACUUUAAAAAGCCACACAUUUAAAAAACUAGCACGUUUUGGUGAUUUUUAACUAACUGGCCAUUUUUUUUUUCUUUUUUGCAUGUGUAGCCCUAAGGCCUGGAUCUGGUAAGCCCUCGUAUUGUUAAAGACUUUUUACAAAGACACACAGAUAAUUCCAACUUACUCUUUACAUUACAGCAUGUCGACUUGAAAUAAAAUGGUAUCUGUAUCUGUUUUUUAUACAGGUUUGUUGAAA